AUGGGCCGAAAAAGCAGAAAGAAAAGGAAACUAAACACCUCCCCUUCCCCCUUGAAAGAAGUUAUUUGUAAUAAAGUAACCAAAGAAAAGCCUAAAAAGGAACCCCUUCCACCCCCGAUUAUUGUCGAAAAUGUAAUUGAAUACCAAUCAUUCUACGAUUCUUUACUUAAAAAAGAAUUGAAUAAAGACUCGUUCACAGUAAAAAUGCUUAGAAAUGGAUCGGUGAAGAUUAACACCAAUAGUGAAGCUACCUACAGAGUUAUCACAAAACAUCUUAAAGAUGAAGAUGCCUCGUGGUUCUCUUACGAAAACAAGCAGAGCAGGCCAAUAAGAGUAAUGGCAAAAAAUCUGCAUGCUUCUUGCAAGCCUGAAAGGAUAGUUGAAGACCUCAUUAGCCAAGGAUUUAAAAUUUUAGACGCAGCCAUUUUGCGCGAAAUUCUCUUUAAAGCUGAAUUAGAACGCCACAUUGUUUCUGAAUGUGAAGACCAGGCGCGCAUACUUUGUAGAGAGAACCCAGACAAGCGGUUGCAUAUUAUCGAACAACUUAGGGAUUUAAUAUUAGAGCGAGGCGAAUGUUACCCGCCUAGACUGGACGACGCAUUCUUAUUGAGGUUUCUACGUGCGCGCAACUGUAUACCGGCUCGCGCGCAUCGCCUGCUGGCCCGAUACUGUAAAUUCCGGGAACAAAACCCACACCUUUGGCACGAUGUCUAUUGGUAUGGCUUAGCUAGACUUGGGAACAUCUUUGAAGGAGUCCUAUUCGACAGACCGGAUGUGGGCAGACUGAUCAUUGGAAGACUUGGUCAAUGGGACCCAGGCGUCUUUGCUGCUGAUGAUCUAGUUCGAGGCUGUCUUCUCCUUCUAGAGGUGGGAAUUUUGCAACCAAAGCUCCAAGUCUUGGGUGGGACAGCUCUUGUGGACUGCCAAGGGAUGACAUUGAAGCACAUGCGUCAUCUUACUCCAUCGAUUGCUUUACAAGCGAUGAAUGUUAUGGGGUUUGCAUUCCCGUUACAGCAACGUAGCGUACACAUAGUAAAUUGUUCCCGCGUCAUAGAGAAUCUGUUCUACCUCUUUAAACGUCUGGCGCCCGCGGACGAUCUCUGGAAGAGGGUCUACUUUCACGGAUAUGAUUACUCCUCGUUACACCGGUAG